UGUAAAUCCCUUGGUACACACAGGUGUACAUUUGCACUAGUGGAGGAGGCAGCCCGGGGUCUGAGGUCCUGCCCUGGCCCGGGAGGGGCUUUACAAAAAGGGCGGGGCCUGAUCUCCGAAUCUCAGGCUCAGCUGGGCUGGACCCUGGACCCGGGCGGCGCCCUGGCUGUGUACAGCUGCACUUCCGCUGUGCUGGUGACUCGCUCUUUGGAGGGUGGUCAGCCUCCAACCCCGCUCCUCAGCAUGUUCUCCCGGACCCUUGGCCUGAGUCACCGUGGGAGCCCGCCCGUCAUGUCCAGGUGAGGCCCAGGAGCUCCGUGCUGAACAUGCUCAGGAGGCUGGACAGAAUCAGGUUCAGAGGCCCCAAGAGAGAGGACUGCCUGGACCUCGCGGAGUCGCCCAAUGCCUCGGACACCGAGUGUGCGGACGAGCUGCCCCUGAAGAUCCCUCGGACCUCGGCCCGAGACAGCGAGGAGCUCAGGGACCCUGCUGGCCCAGGGACCCUCAUCAUGGCCACAGGCCCCCAGGACUUCAGCCGCACAGAGUUUGAUCGGCUGAACGAGAUCAAGGGUCACCUGGAAAUCGCCUUACUGGAGAAGCACUUCCUGCAGGAGGAGCUCCGGAAGCUGAGGGAGGAAACCAACUCUGAGAUGCUGAGGCAGGAGCUGGAGCGAGAGCGGCAGCGGCGGAUGGAGCUGGAGCAGAAGAUGCAGGAGGUGCUGAAGGCUAGAGUUGAGGAGCAGACUGUGCAGGCACAGCCGCCGCAGAGAGGGCAGAGCCAGGCCGGCAACGGAGCAGAGCGCCGCAGCCAGGGGCUGUGCCCCCGCGUUCAGAAGUGGUUCUACGAGAGGUUCGGGGAGUACCUGGAAGAUUUCCGCUUUCAGCCUGAGGAGAACACUGUGGAGACUGAGGAGCCCCUCAGUGCUCGCAGGCUAACGGAGAACAUGAGACGGCUGAAGCGCGGUGCCAAGCCUGUCACCAACUUCGUGAGGAACCUCUCCGCCUUGUCCGACUGGUACUCCGUCUACACCUCCGCCAUCGCCUUCACAGUGUACAUGAACGCCGUGUGGCACGGCUGGGCCAUCCCUAUGUUUCUGUUCCUAGCUAUUCUGAGGCUGUCUCUCAAUUACCUCAUCGCCAGGGGCUGGCGGAUACAGUGGAGCAUCGUACCAGAAGUGUCCGAAGCUGUGGAACCUCCAAAAGAAGACCUGACUGUGUCUGAGAAGUUCCAGCUGGUGCUGGAUGUCGCCCAGAAAGCCCAGAACCUCUUUGGCAAGAUGGCCGACAUCCUGGAAAAGAUCAAGAACCUGUUCAUGUGGGUGCAGCCCGAGACCACGCAGAAGCUGUACAUCGCGCUGUGGGCCGCCUUCCUGGCCUCCUGCUUCUUCCCCUACCGCCUGGUGGGGCUUGCUGUGGGGCUCUAUGCCGGUGUCAAGUUUUUCCUCAUUGAUUUCAUCUUCAAACGCUGCCCACGGCUACGAGCCAAGUAUGACACGCCCUACAUCAUCUGGCGGAGCCUCCCCACUGACCCCCAGCUGAAGGAGCGCGCAGGUGCCACUGUGUCACGAAGGCUUCAGACGGCCACAUCGCGGAGCUGCGUGUCCAGUGCGCCUGCCGGCCUCAGCAAGGACGAGGACACCGGUCGCUUCCACAGCUCCAAGAAGGGCAACUUCCAUGAAAUCUUCAACUUGACUGAAAAUGAGCGCCCGCUCGCAGUGUGUGAGAAUGGCUGGCGCUGCUGCCUGAUAAACCGAGACCGGAAGAUGCCUACAGACUACAUCAGGAACGGGGUGCUGUAUGUGACGGAGAACUACUUAUGCUUUGAGAGCUCCAAAUCUGGGUCUUCAAAGAGGAACAAAGUCAUCAAACUGGUGGAUAUCACAGACAUCCAGAAGUACAAGGUCCUGUCCGUCCUCCCGGGCUCGGGCAUGGGUAUCGCUGUGUCCACACCAUCAGCCCAGAAACCACUGGUGUUCGGCGCCAUGGUGCACAGAGACGAGGCCUUCGAGACCAUUUUUAGCCAGUAUGUGAAGAUCACGUCUGCAGCAGCCUCGGGCGGAGACAGCUAGUACCUACCACCCCUGGG